GAUAUUGUUUUUAUUUAAUAUUUAAUUCAAAAGUAAAAAGCACGCACAAGUAUUUUAUUUUCUUAUUAAUUUAUACAGAAGCUAUAACUUUACCUACAUUUUCAUAAAACAAAUAAUUAUAGAAAUGAUAUAAUUUAUUAAAAUUUAAACUUGGCUUGAUCAACAAUCAACAUAACCAAUUGGACUUUGACAUCGAUUGUAGUAAUAUCAAUCACAGCGUAUCAAGAGUAUCAACAAAAUUAAACAGUUCAACAGGUGUGCUGUGAGCACAGGUCCGUUUGGUAGACUAGUUCGACAACUUACCUUGCUUUCCCUUUCGAAGCGAACGAACGAACCAAGGCAAAUAUGUCUGAAAAUAGUUCUCCUAUAAAAUAUUUUCUAAGUGGUGGGUUUGGCGGUGUAUGUACAGUGUUAGCUGGACAUCCUAUGGACACUAUAAAAGUGAGACUGCAGACUAUGGAGUUACCCAAGCCGGGCGAAGUGGCCCUGUAUGGGGGUACUUGGGAUUGUUUCAAGAAAACAAUUCAAAAGGAAGGUUUCCGUGGCCUCUACAAGGGCAUGUCGGCGCCGCUGACCGGAGUGGCGCCUAUAUUCGCUAUUAGUUUCUUUGGUUUUGGCCUAGGUAAAAAACUAAUAAAAAGUGAUGAGAACCAAGUUCUUACAAAACCUGAGCUGUUCGCGGCGGGCGCGUUCUCGGGUAUCUUCACGACGUCCAUCAUGGCACCAGGAGAACGUAUUAAAUGUCUACUUCAAAUACAACAAGGUGGUAAUGCUCCUCAAAAAUAUAAUGGCAUGGUCGACUGUGCCAGGCAGUUGUAUGCUGAGGGUGGUAUGAGGAGUAUAUAUAAAGGCAGUGUCGCCACCAUACUCAGGGACGUCCCAGCGAGUGGUAUGUACUUUAUGACAUAUGAGUGGGUUAAAGAGGUCCUUACACCAGAAGAUGCUAGUGCCAAAUUGAAAAUGAUGGCAACAAUAGUGGCAGGUGGGUUUGCUGGUAUUGCAAACUGGCUAGUGGGCAUGCCAGCUGAUGUGCUGAAGAGUAGACUGCAGACUGCUCCCGAGGGAACAUAUCCAAAUGGCAUGAGAGAUGUCUUCAAGCAGCUUAUGGAGAGGGAAGGACCUACAGCUCUGUAUAAAGGAGUAGCGCCAGUUAUGAUCAGGGCUUUCCCUGCUAAUGCAGCCUGUUUUGUUGGAUUUGAAUUAGCUAUUAAAUUCCUCGAUUGGGUUGCACCAGGCUUUUGAUAGCUUUUAAAUGAUAAGGAAAAUUUUAGAACAAUGUUUAUAGCAUCACUAUUAUUAAGAAUUACUUUAGGUGUUAUUGUAAAAAUGUGUUAUGCAGGAAAUGUAACUUCUAUCGAAUAUUGUUAUAUGAAAUAUAAUGUUGUAUGAAGUAUA